GAAUAAACUAGAAAAGAAGUAGUAGUAGUUUCGCUGUGCGAAGUGAAAAAGGAAAUAACAAGAGUCGAAGUUAGUAAAGAUAAUAAAGCAGCCAAGCAGGGAGGAGGAGGAGGACGACGAGGACUGAGUUUAAAAUUAAAAAUACUCCUACAGAAGUCAGAAGUAGUAGUAGUAGUUUUUACUUACUGCCAACAAGGCGAGAAAUAGAGAUUAGAGAGAGAGUGGGGGGGUUUGGUUUGGCACUGAAAAGAAUUUUUUGCUUAUCUUCUUUCCAUUCAGACACUUCUUCCUGCGGCAAUUGUUCCUAUUUACCACCAAGCCCCACCUACCAAACCCACCCGAUUUCUGCUGAUUGAGAAAAUACCCCCAAUUUCACUUUUAGGAUUCCCAGAUUCUUUGGUUCCUUUUCCUUUUUAUUUUUUUUUUCUUGCUAAAAUAACCAGAAUCAGAGGAGGAAGAACAACUGAAACAAGCUUUUAUGGAGAGGCUUAUCUAUUCCAAUCCUACUCCUUCCUCUAAAAUUCUCCUUAAACACCACCACGUCCCGUUUCUGCCUCCUCCCUCCUCCCUCCGCCUCACCUCCACCAACUCCGCCGUCUCCCCUUCCAAGAAUUUCAAUACCUUCUUUCCUCCUUCCCCGCGGCUUCUCCAAUGGCCCCGAGUUAAACCAUUGUCCUGUUGCUCCUCUUCUCCUUCUAAUUACCCUAAUUAUGCUUCUAAGGAUAAAGAGGAUUCCGGGUCUGAUGAUUUCACCUCCUUUUCAUCGGCUGAUUCCCGACAUGGGUCUGUCGAGAAAACCCCUAUUCUGGGCAAAUUUGUGGAAGCACUUGCUGGGCAGCGGACAAAGGUUGUUGCUGCCGGGACUGUAGUAUUACUCUCAGUUAUCCUCAUUACGGUAAUCCAUCCACUCGCAGUUUUACCAGCUUUUGCGAGUUUUGUUGGCGCAACCAACACUGGAGGUCCGGCUGUAGCAGCGGGUAGCCAGGUGUUACGCAGUGAACUACUGAAUAGCGCUUGGACCGGUUUCUUAGCUGGUUGCUUGCACACAUUAUCUGGGCCCGACCACCUUGCUGCCUUAGCUCCACUUUCUAUUGGACGCACAAGGAUUGAAAGUGCUGUGGUUGGAGCUCUUUGGGGCUGCGGGCAUGAUGCUGGGCAGGUGAUUUUUGGUUUGAUCUUUCUACUCCUUAAGGACCGGCUCCACAUUGAGAUAAUCCGAACUUGGGGCACAAGAGUGGUUGGGCUUACCCUUAUGGUCAUUGGUGCAAUGGGUAUAAAGGAGGCCUCAGAAGUCCCUACUCCAUGUGUCGCCCUAGAAAAUGGCGAGUGUGACGUCAGCGUGUAUGAAGCUGGUUUGGAAAAGCCAACAACGAUAGGGAAGAAGAAGAUAGGUUUUGCAACAUUUGCCACGGGGAUCGUUCACGGGCUGCAACCAGAUGCGCUGAUUGUGAUCUUGCCUGCGCUCGCAUUGCCUUCCCGGUUGGCAGGCGCAGCCUUUUUAUUCAUGUUCUUGGUUGGAACGGUGAUUGCAAUGGGUAGUUACACGGUGCUGAUAGGGUCGUGCAGCCAGGCGUUAAAGGAACGUAUUCCCAGGAUAACAGAGAAGCUCACCUGGGGUUCAUCUCUGAUAGCAAUCGCUUUAGGGUUUGCAAUUGUGAUUAGCCAAUUUUUUGGGUUUAGCCUGUAUUAAAGUACCAAGUGGUGUGAGGGUAUUGUUUCCAUUGGUUUUCGUCGAAUUUUAGAAAGCAAGUUAAUGAGAAGAGGGAUAGAUGUUGUUGAUUGGAAGUAAGAACUCAUGCAAUUGUAGCUGUUUAUGCUCGAAUGAAUUUUUGGUCCUUAAUUAUUAUUAUUAUUAAGUUUGCUGCUCAGAAAUUGUGAGAACUGAUCAUCUGGGGUAGGGGUGCUAAUUGACGGAGAGCCGAGUUGAAUUCGUUUUGGUACAUUUUUUCUCAUUUGAUUGCGAGGGGGAUGAUGCGGCUAAGGAAGUUAUCCUCACUAUUUAGUGAUGUUAUAUAGUAAUAAACCAAAACAAGCCACAAACAAUAUUCAUGGUUAGAGAUGAAUUGAACAGGGGAUGGCGACGCUCGGAGGAACGUGUAGUGUGGAUUCAGAAGUUGGAGACUUGUAAUUACUUGGUUUAUUGAAUGAUAGUAAAAUACAUUACAUAUACUACUGAUACACAUAUCGUCAGUAGGCCCACGGCAUGAAAUGGAUUCAGGGGAGCUAAGUGCAAUUCCGGCAUCUAAAAGGAAUCAUCAAUAGCAGAAGGAAUCAUCAAUAGCAGCUCACCUGGAACAAGGUAUCCUGGUGCGAUGGUUCUAAAGGUCAUGGAUUUCAGCUUUUUAAAAUGAGCAUUACUACUACUACUACUACUGCUACCAGUAGUUAAGCAGAUGUAGCCAAAUGCAAACAAAUAUAUUACAUGAUCUUCAUAUAUCAAACCUUUCAAGGUUUUAAACAUAAUUUUGGUGUCCAUUAAAAAAAGGCAAGAGUAAGAUGG